AUGGAUCCAACCUUGUACAAUGCCGCGAUGGAAGGGAUUAUUAGUGAUGGUGAUUUUGUACUUGAUGAAUAUCUGAAAAGGGAUGAAGAAAAUGAGUACCAAGUCACUCCAACAGGCAACACAAUCUUACACGUGGCCGCCCAUUAUGGCCUCUCCUAUAUCGUGGCAGAAGUCCUUAAGAUUUCUCCGGCAUUGUUAUGCCAUCGGAAUAAGAAGAAUGAGACUGCGCUUCACAUAGCAGCUAAUGAAGGUCGCAUUGAAGCAGUCCACUUGCUUCUUAGUAUAGAUGAUCAUUAUAACGAGACACUCAUGAGGAUGACAGAUGAGAAUGGAGAUACAGCACUGCACAAGGCCGUUAGGAGCCGACAUCAAGAUGGAGCCAAACUGUUGGUGAAAAAAGAUCCUAAAUUCGAAUUUCCUUCCAACAAGGCGCGGGAGAUACCAAUGUAUCUGGCAGUUGAGUCUGGUCUUCGUGAAGCCUUGGUUGAAAUCUUGAACUCCUGCACCAACCAACUUCUUCUGCAGUGGAAUAAAUCUUUGUGUGAGGAACCUGAUGUGGGGGGUUGGAAUUCGCUGCACUUUGCUGCUCUUUUAGGAGUGAAAGAAGUAGUUUCCGAUAUGCUUGGGUGGAAAAAAUCCUUAGCCUACCUUCCAGAUGGCAGUGAAAAUGACUGGACAACAGCAAUUCACAUUGCAGCCAGCUUACUAGUGACAGAGAAACAAGAGAAACCAAGAUUUUCUGAAUAG